AUGUUUAAAAAGGCUCGCACGUCCGAGGACGCUCGGCGACAUAUUUGGGAGAUGUGCGACCCGUACCGAAGAGGAAAACUGACCCAGCAUGGCUGGAGGGUCGCGUACCACCUCGCCCGGUCCAUGAAAAGCCGAAAGCUGGAGCUGCCAGAGGCUCUGCCUCUCUGCCUCUACCCCCCAGGCUUCGUUCCCGGCGCUUCCACACCGGCGGAGAAAGGAAAUGACGCCGUAGAUGCUCCCGAGGGCGGGAACCGCAGUCAAGCCAACAGAGAGGCAAAUCGGAAGGGCGACAGGGGUUCUGUGGGCAACGGCGGUCCGGCAGGGGCGAAUGAGGACCGUGGGGCUAGUGUUGGGGGCGGGGAAGGCGAAGCUGGAGGAGCCAAAGGAAACGUCAGGGGGAAGACGCAGGAGAAAAAUAACGGAAAGGAGGGCGGCGGGAUGUUCUCGAGAAAGAAACCAGCUUCGGCAAACUCAAGCACGAAGGGGAAGGAAGGCGGGAAGGAGAUGGAGGCGAUGGAGUUGCAAGAAAAAGUCAAAACGGAAUCGGUUGGAGAGAAGGAAACGGCCGAGGUGGUGCUUGGUCCUUCUGAAGACAUGGACAACGACAAGAACAAGAGGAAGACGAAGAAGAAGAAGACGAAGGCGACGAAGGAGAAAAAGGAGGUGGACACCAAUGGUUCAGACAAGUAUCACAUGAGCGAUGCGCAGAAAACCGGGUACACGAACGUAUUCGACAAGCUCACGAAGGGAAAACCAGAGAAGAAAAUCGGCGGUAAACAGGCCGCAACGAUGCUGGCAAAGUCCGGGCUGAGCAAGACGGAUCUCGGCCACCUUUGGGCCAUGGCCGACGCCGAUCGGGACGGCAAGCUCUCCCGACACGAGUUUGCCGUGGCCAUGCACCUCGCGGCCCGCGCCGUUGGAACUCCGGCCCUGGCCUUGCCCAGCGUUCUACCCCCGUGUCUCGCCGCGGCUUCUGCCACAGAAAACGAGGGGAAUAGAGAAGGCGACGGCCGCGUGGCGGCGGCAGAGGAGGCGGGAAGUGUCGUGUUGGUUGACGACACGAGUUCGGUCGUGUCGUCCCUGGGGUAUCCGGAAGGUCUCUCGGACGUGGACUCUGAAACGGGGGGGGAUGCGGCUUCGGGCACUCGCGAUAAUGCUCCCGAGAAGGCCACCGGCGAGGAGGAGAAAGGCCGCCAAGAGUCGAAGAAGGGGGUGGCAUCGAGCGAUCCCGUGCCAGCAAGAACCGACGAGAUGCCGGAAAAGAUGACAGGCAUGACCAAGAAGGCACUAGAUGAAGAUCAUGCGCGUGGGCAGAAGGACAAGAAGGAGGCAGUGGCAGGUGAUGGAGAAGGAGAAGGGAGCGCGAAAACGAGAUCAUCCAGCGAGGAGAAGGAAAAAGAGGGGGGGUCGGAGUAUCGCAUGAGUGAUCAGGACGCCGCUCGGUAUGACAAGGCCUUCAACAAGCUGGUCAAGGGCAAAGGGGUCACCCUGGGCGGAAAAGAGGCUGCGGUGGUUCUCGCCAAGUCCGGGCUGGGGAAGAGGGAUCUCGGCCGCCUGUGGGCCAUGUCCGAUGUCGAUCGGGACGGUGCUCUCUCCAGAAUGGAAUUCUCGAUCGCAAUGCACCUUGUCUCCUGCUCCGCGAAGAAAGGUCUCCCGGUGCCGAGAGCCCUGCCGGAGAGCCUCGGUGCUCUCCUCCCGCAGCCGGAAGUGCAAAGCGAAGAAAUAGGAAAUGGGGUGGCCACUUCGGCGGAGGAGACGACCACCACCACAGGCAGCACAAACACCAGGGAGAAGCUUGAAACCCCGUCAGCCAGUUCUGACAGCGGAGGAACCAAAGGACGGAGGAACAAACGUGGUGCCGUUGCUGGGAAGAAAAUGGCUGAAGCGGUCGAGGACAAUCAAGGACGGUAUACCGGCUAUGACAACAAGAAAGCCGGGACCAUAGCAAGAACGAAGAAGGAGGGGGGGAAAGGGGAGAAAGGGAACAAGAAUGGGUCAAGAAGCGCGGCAGCGACGACCGAGAAAGAGGCCGGAUCGUCAAAGAAACGAGGCUGUGGGAUGGUGUCUUCUGCCGCUGUCGCAACAACAGCAGGGGAAAGCGAGACUUCCGCCGCUGCUGAAGAUGGCAUCACGGGCGAGACAACAAACCAUGCUUCACCAGCAGAAGCCAGUGGCGGAAAGAACAAGAAGAGGAGCAAGAAGGCCACACCUGGAGACCAAGACCAAGAACACCAUAAGGACGACAAACACGACACUACCACCGCCGCCGCCGCCGCCGCCGCCGCGAAACGGAGGCCUGCAUCGAGGGAUAAAACUUUGGUGAUGGAAGAAGCUGGACGAUUAAAACCAUUGGAGAAACCCCAAGCGCCGAAGAAAAACAAAAAGGGAAAGUCAAGCAGCCCAGCAAGAAUAGCAGACAAAGUGGGUAGCGCCGGAGAAGCGGAGGAAAGUGUUUCUCCCGAGCCGGACCAACAGAGUGGGUCAGACAACGACCAUGCGAAAACUCUCGCGCUCGUCUCGGUGCCCGAGGAAAGGCGUGAGGGACGGCUGACAGCGGCCAAGGGUGGCAAGUAUGUCGCCGAGGUUGCGGCAGGAAGUGUAGAAGGGGACGCUGAUCGUGCAGAGACGGAGACGGAGGGAGAGGACGCCAAGACACCGACAAAGGAAAAUAUGCCGCUCUCCAGAGAGGAGAGGGACCAGCUUUACGGCAUGUCCACAUCGGAGAGGGCCGGAUACGACGUAAUCUUCAUGCAGAUCGACGCGGACCACAAUGGGACAAUCGACGGCCGUGAGGCGGCCAAUCUGCUCUGCAAGAGCGGCUUGACGCGCGCGCAGCUUUCGAAAAUAUGGGGCCUGGCGGACGCGAACGACAACGGGGAGCUGGACCACGACGAGUGGGCCGUGGCCUUGCACCUCUGCAGGUGUGUCGCUCACAAGCACCUUCCCUUGCCGGAGACCCUCCCUCGAAGUCUGGGAGGGCUAGGUUUAGCGGGAGGCCCCGACGACGAUGAAGAACAGCCUGACGGCGGCAGAGACCAAGGCCCGAAAGGCUCCAAGGCCAUACGGGAAGCGGAGCAGGCGAGAGAAAAGGAGAAAAAAGCGAUGGCGGGGCGAGCGGUCAAGCUGAGGGAGCAGACGCAGGCGUUCCGGCUUGGGAAGGUCACGGCCGCGGCGUUCUACAUCACACUUGCGGGGGCGUUUGGCGCGAAGCGGCACACAAUGAUCCCCAAGGUUGCUCGCAGUCUUCCCCUCGACAGGGCACGAGCGCUGGUUGUGGCCGCCGGUCUCGGGGAAGAGGUUUUGGAGGACAACGAAGUGGCGGAAGCCAAGCUCGCAGCGUUGCGUCGGCGGCGGGUCGAUGAAGCCAACCUGCACGUAAAGGCGACGACCAGCAACGCUACCGCAAGAGACGUUAGCCUACUGGCCUGUCGCUUGGCAAACCGCCUGUCCGCCACGCUGGACGACGAGAACGGCGGUGCAAGGGGAGCGGAAGGGGUAGGCGGCGACACCUUAGGGGCGCAGACAAGCGUAGCGGCGGACAUGGCUUCCGCCGGCGGGGUGGACGCCGCAGCGUUAAUUUUUCGAAUGUUCGGGGCUUUGGACUUAGAGCUCAUGGUGGAGGCCCUCCAGUUCUCCCUGAUACUGGCGCGAGCCUGCAGUGCCGUGCCAAUAGAUGAAGAGCCUGCAUCCGAAACGUCCUCCCUGGCGUCAUCAUCUCACUCGCUCGUGGAGGAUAGGGUGGUCGAGACCGCCCCUGAACCUUCGCCGUUGCUCCCGCUGCUGCGGCCCCUGUACGCGCCAUCGGUGUGCAAGAGGGUCGCCGAGGUAGCGAAGCAGUUCUCACACAGCAGGAAGACUCAACGCCUUGUUUGUCUGCUCGUGGGUGAACUAGGCUCCACGUGUGGCGCUCCUGCGCGCCGGUGUUUCGCCGACUGCUGCGAGCCGAUUGUCGUGGCGUCGGCGGGGGGGCUCGACGAGCACGCCGCCAGCGACAGCGACGGGAGUAGCGUGCUCGGUGGCACAGGCGGCGGCGGAAAAAACGGGUUAUCGACCUCAAUCGUAGCGUCGUCAUUGCCGGGACAAGGAGUACGAGACGUGGCGUGCCAAGCGCUCAGCGUUCUCGCCCAGGAGUCAGGCCUCAGCCGCCGCUUGGUGGCGGCGGGUGCUGGAAAGGCCUCGGCCGUCGCCUUGGCCGCCGCCCCACGCGAGCACUCGGUGCAACUCUACGGGCUGGAGACGAUCGCGCUCUUGGCCGAGAGCAGCUGCAGUCCCGGCAUGUGGGAGAGCACUACCAUCGACGCACCUUGCAGGCUAGCGGUACAGAGCGUGCAGACUUUCAUCAGGGACGCCAACAUUCACCGGGCGGCCAGCCGGGCAAUUUUGGCUCUCCUCGUCGGCGAUGCUGCCGGCGACGCUUCCCGGAGCAUUGCCGCCGCAGGAGGAGCGACCGCGCUCGCUCGGGUUCUGGCGACGUCCCCGAACGUCAGGGAAGUCCAGCUCCCGGCCGUGCUCGCCAUCAACGAACUCCUUGAAAGGUGCCGCAGCAGCUGUGCAGAGAGCGUACCAACCCCGGUUUCCGAGCCCGGUGAAGAGGAUGACUCAGUCUCGGCGGCGGCUGCAGAGCCGGGAAAGGUGGAACGCGAGCUAAUAGCGGCGGCUGGGUGCGAAUUGCUCUGCAAGAGCGCCAAGGCUUUCCCGAGAGACCGAGACUUGCGCCUAGGGUGUUUGAGGGCCAUGGGAGCGUUAUGCAGAGGAGCACGGCAAGCGGCCGUCGGUCGGCUCAUCGCGGCCGGGGUCUGCGAGCAGCUUAUGAAAAUUUUGGGCGCUUAUCCGGACGACAUCGAGGUGCGGCGGGCGGGCCUCGCCUUGCUCGUGGGCGUCUCGGAACACGGUGAGGGGACAACGGAGGCGAGCGACGACGAGACAGAGGAAAACGACGACCAAGACAACCAGAUCACGACGGGUGCUUUGGCGAGUCGUCUCGGCUUCGUCGGGGCCGUCGAUUUCGCCGGGGUGUGGCUGCGGCAAGUGACCGCCCCGACAUGGGCCUGGGUCGCCGGCCACGGUGGCGGGGGCGGCGAAGAGGACGAGCUUGCUCGCGCGUGGGAUCUGUUGAUGUCGUGCAAAGCAGCCUUUCUCUUGACCCGGCACAGCUCCACCAAUCGAGAUCGACUUACCUCGAUGGGUGCGAUGGAGGCGCUGAGCAGAGCGGUCGCGCUGUCAGGGCGCAAGAACAAUCUCAAGGCGCUCGGGAGGAACGGGGGAGCCCAAGCCGUGACGGGUGCUUUUGAAGCUUGCCCUGGAGACAAAGACGUGGCCUUGGCCGGUCUCCUGGCUGUUGCGAAGCUUUCAAUGAGCUCGGAGAACCGUCGGCUGCUAGGGCAAGCAGGGGUCUGUCCCAUGAUUUCCAAGGAGCUCCUCGACUUCUCCCACGACGAGGCCGUCGCGGAAGAAGGGUGCCGAGCCGUCACCAGACUCGCCGCGCUCUCCGGCUUCAAUCGAACGGCAUUGGGACACGCCCGCGCAGCCGAGGCGACGGCAACAGCCCUGCUCAAACAUCCCUCGAAGCCGAGGGUCCAGCGGUGGGGCCUAAGCGCCGCUGCCGCCCUGGUGGCGGAGACGGACCCUUCGGGCAACACGGACAGGAUCACGAGCGCGGGGAUCCUAGGACUCGCCGUCAAGGCCCUCAUGAAGUUCCGACACAACCCAACGGUCCAGGCCGAAGGGUUGAAGACGUUCGCCAAGGUGGCCACCUCAGGGAAGGACGGCAACGACGCCGUGUGGGCGGCCGGGGUGGUUCUCACCGUUGUGAGAGCGCUCGGGCUGUAUCUGAACGACGCGAACGUCCAGCACUGGGGGGUGGCAACCAUGCGCGCCCUCACGGGGAGCGACGACCGGUGCGAUGUUUGGCGGGGAGCCGGGGCGCCAGAAGCCGUCGUGCGGACGCUGGUCGCGUUCGGCCGGGAUGGGACCGGCCGCCACGCUAGGCACGACGAAGAAGGGCUGGGCAGGGCUAGCGAGACGAGGCCCUGCACGGCCGAGGAGUCGCUGUGUGUGCAGUUCCAGGCCUGCGCCACUGCUUUCAACUUGGCCAUGUCAUCGCCAGACGCCAGAAGGCGGAUCGUCCGGGAGGGCGCGGGCGAAGCCCUCGCGGGCAUGAUGAAGAGUAACUCUUCGAACCAGGCUGCUCUGCGGGGGGCGCUGGCGACCCUUGCCGCUCUUUCCGCGUCUGGGGUAGAGAACCGCAAGCGUCUGCACAGAUACAAAGGUGGCGUCCCAAAGGCAGUAGCCUCGGCGCUGGAGUCGUUCCCCGAAGAUCGGCGGGUGCGAUGUGAGGGAGCCCUCACCGUCCAGAACCUAAGCCUAACACUGGGAGGAGCGAGAGCGAUGACGAAGGCUGGCGUCGCGCCGGUGAUCAUCCGACUGCUACGAACGACGUUGGAAGAGUCGUCUUUCCCGACGACCAGCGAGAGAGAGGUUAUUGUGUACCUCUUGAACGGCCUGGCCAACAUGGCGGCCGCCGACAAGAGCCUCAGUGAUUUCAUCGGGCGGCACGGAGCCUGCGAAGCGGUUGUUUUCGCCCUGGAGCACCACCCCAGAGACCUCCAGAUGCAGGCUAGCGGGGUCAAGGCCGUGCGAGCCCUCGCCCUCGGCGGCUGCCGAAACGUCCAAGAUUUGGCCCGCUUGCGAGGCCCCUCGGCGAUAGCUCGAGCCCAGGGACUUUUCUUGCGCGACCGUGAAAUACAGCUCGCUGUGGGGGCAGCUAUGGAAGCGUUGUGUCGGGGAGGCAACCGGGCCAACCGGGAGGCUCUUGUCGGCGCCGGGACCAUCGUCCUGCUAGAAAGUGCCCUAUCCCAGUUCGCCAGCGACGCGGAAGUUGUAUCUCAGAGCUUCCGCGCUCUCGUUGAGAUUGUUCUGGCCGGCUCCGGGCCAAAGGCAGUGAUGGGUGCAGAGGGCGAGGACAAUCAACGGUGUUCCAGAAGCGUUGCCGGCGUCGAGGAGGAACCGCCAGUGAAACGGUCGUUUUCUCUACCCCAGCUUACACUAACCGAGGGUAAAGCAGCAAUCAAGGGUCCUCUACAACCGGGCGAAGAUGCAGGUGGUACCGUUGGUGGCGUGGCUGUGGGUGAGGUAUCUUGUGCCGUGGGGAUGGUACUCGCCGUCCUCGAGAGGAACCCCUGCCGUGAGGUGUGCCUUGAGGCGUUCUCUGCCCUUGGCCGCUUGCUCGUUAACCUCGGGGCGACGGACUCGGAGAGUGUGAGUGUCGGAUCGAACGACGUCCGCGACCAAACCUACCAGAACAGAGUUGCCACUACAGAUGAUACCUCAGCUUGUCACAAGGUUCCUCACAAUGGAAUGAAGGGAGGAGUGAACGCUGCGGGAGGGUUGCUUCAGUUGGCGAAGGUUCGACAUGCAGUGAAGCGGGCGCUCAAGAUUAACCGUUGUGACGAUGUUGAUCUAGCGUUAAGAGGUGGUCAAAUUAUCACGUUGACUACCGUUGCGAGAGGUCGGGCCCUUGCACAAUAGAUGAGGUAGAGCAUGUAGCAGCAAUAGAAUUUAUUAACCACUGGGUGUCCCGGAACCAUAUCAGAACCAAAUAUCCCGCCUUUGAGAAUAUGGGUCAGCUUGGGGGGGAGAAGUAUUGCUGGAAAUCCCUGGAGUUUCACCACCAGCGAGACAAAAGAUUGUGGUUCUGCGUUUAAGGCUUGUAAACCACCCCAAUUUUCGGCCGGAAUGAUGCCGGAUUGUUCACUCGGAAUUUUGAUAGGAUGCUUUGAGUUCGUCAUCAGGGCUGUUAUUCCAAUCGUUCGCGUACCACUAUCUGGGUGUUAUCAUCAUGCGUUUGGCGUGCUCAUUUGAACUCUUGGGCAAUUGCAAUCGAGGCGCCUCGAAUCAC